AUGUCGCAAGGAAAAAGAAAACAAAUUACUAUAGAAGAAAAAUCGCGUAUUAUUUCAAAGCUCGAGAGUGGAAUUCCAAACAAAAACUUAGCCGUGGAAUAUGGUGUAUCACACUCAACAAUUUCAACCAUUUGGAAAGAGAGAGAAAAAAUUCAAACACUUUUUGAGAACAAUUUAUUAAAAAUGAAAAGAGCAAGAACAACGAAGCAUACGAAAAUUGACGAAGCUUUGCUAAAGUGGUUUAAAUAUCAAAGUACAAAUAAUUUGCCAAUAAAUGGACCAAUUCUUCAACAAAAAGCAAACGAUUUUGCUCAGCGUUUUGGUGAAGAUUUCGUUUGCUCGUCCAGUUGGAUUCAACGUUUCCGGGCUAGGCACGGUAUUGUCGGCGGGAAAAUAAGUGGUGAGACUGCCAGUGCCAGACCUGCUUUAUCUACUACUGAAACAGAGGAGCUUAUUGAUGUGGAUAACUCUAUUGCAAUUUUUGCACCAGCUACGGAAGAAGAUAUUGUACAAGAAGUUCAAGAGGAUAGUGACGAACAGGCAGAGACUGAAGAACAAUUUACAGUGCCAACUUUGUAUGAUGGUCUCAAUGCCGUCAAUGUAUUACGAAAAAUUUUUCUUUUUAAAAAACACUUUCACAUGCAGGGAAAUUAUGACAAUACUUUAAUUAAAAUUCAGCGUGAACUACAAACUGCGUUUUAUGAAUUGAAUAUUUUUUGUAUAGAACAGCAUGCUAGGCAGGCAGAGGCAUUAGCUAGUCACUUUAAGUCAAUGUUUCUGGCAGAUCACCCACAACUAAAUCCAGCAAUUGCCACUCGUAACCCAAAAGCAUACCUACUCUAA